CUAGCUCAUGAAAAAGAUAUUGGAUACCGGGUAGCUUAAUGCUGACUAUCCCUCAAGGUCGUCAUCACAGCUUACUCCCAUCAUGUCCCGUCCACCGCUCAACUUUUCUUGGGUUUCGAAAUCUGUAGCUGGAUUCGCUUUUCCGCGAGAAAAGUGUGAAGUAGAUUAUUUAGUGAAAAACGCUGGAAUUACUCAUAUCAUCACUAUGUGUCCUGAAGUCCCUCGGUACAUUUCGGAUUUCACGUUGGUUAAACAUUAUCACUUACCAGUCGAAGAUUUAACUGCUGCAAGUUUGCCUGUUAUCCAGAAAGCCAUAGAAAUUAUCAAACAGGCUGAGGCGAAUAAUGAAAAAGUUGGAGUUCACUGUCAGCUAGGAAGAGGACGUGCCGGGACAAUCUUAGCUUGUUAUCUUGCUUAUAAAAACAAUAUUGAUGCCAAUGAGGCUAUUACUGAAUUGCGUCGUCUUAGGCCGAAAUCAAUUGAUGAUGAACAAGAAGAAGCUGUGAGACAGUAUGUGAAAUCAAUCAAACAGUAACGACCUAAUUUGUUGGAUAAAACGUGUUAAACAUGCAAUAAUUUGUAAAUAUAUUGUGUGCUUUUUGUAAGUGCAUACACUUCGUCGUAAUGGGUGAAACAAUCCCAAGUUCCUCUCAACAAUGCCUUUUUAGCAUUUAAUAUACCACUUUUAACCG